CAUAAAAACUCCUCUCAUACUUUCUUCGGUGAUAGAAAGCACACAGAAGAGAAAGAAAGAAAACAAAGAGGAGAAAGAAAGUAGUUGAGGAAGAUACAAACAAUUUUUGCAGAUUGUUGAGAAUGCCUUUCAAGAAGCCUCAUCACACCUCAGACAAGAACUACAUAACAGGGGACGACGGAGGCAAGUUCGAGAUACAACCUAGAGGACUCAACAUUGUGUGGGGAAAUGAUUCUCGAUACUGGAAAAUUCCAGAACAAGGUCCUGCGGAGCUGAUCCAAGUUUCAUGGUUGGAGGUAUCCGGCGUGGUAAACUUACCAGGUGUCAAGAAAUAUAGGGUUGAAUUCGAAGUGAGAGUUAAAGACGAUGGGUUCGGUUGGAGUGGCACGGACGUGCUAGUGAUGGCUAAGAUUGGGAAAACGGGAAAAUAUACGUAUAAGGUGACGAAACUAAACCCUGGUGAAACCUUGAAUAUUCCAAAAUCAACUGACCCACUUGAGAUUCAAGUGAACAAGCAAUCUGAGGACCUUCACUUUGGAUUAUAUGAAGUGUGGAGCGGAAAAUGGAAGGGAGGCCUUGAAAUUGUCAGAGCCCUCAUCAAACCUUUAACUUAAUUGCAUGCAACUCAUCAUACCAUAUAUCGUUUUCUUCAUUUGCCAACUUUGACAAGUGGAUUAAUUGUUUGUGGUUUAAUUAUUAUUAUUACUUUGUAUUUGGCGUUGAGUACUACUGUAUGAUAUAUAGAUGAUAAUAUGUGUCCAUGCUCUGCACUAGCUGAGACCUGGAUUAUUCCAACUUGCAAGUGCUGUGAGAAUAACAGUGUGUUCUGGUCAUGCAUGCAUGCUGAGAGAAACAAUGUAUGUCGGUCUUAAAAAGUUCACUGUAUUUGCAUAAACUAUAUGUACUAAAUAAUGGAUUUACAAGUGUGUUUUUUUUAUA